UAGGAAUACAUCUCACAAAACCCCCCCUUUUCUUGAAAGUAGAAACCCUAAAAUCCUCAAAAAUCUCCAUUCAAUAAAUCUUGAGUAAAAUUAAUAAUAAUGGAUAUCGAAGAAAAACAAGCUGAGCAUAUCGAUCACUUUGUGAAACGAGCUUCUUCAGCAAUAAACGAUUCAUCAGUAUCACUUGCAAACUUAGUCGUUGAUGCCACGUCACAUCCGUCUCUCUUCGCUUUCUCCGAGAUCCUUUCCGUCCCUAACAUUCUCCAGUUACGGGGAACAGAACAUUCUGUAUACCUUGAUUUGCUACAGAUGUUUGCUCAUGGAACAUGGAGUGAAUACAAAAGUAAUGCCAGUAAUCUUCCGCAGUUGAUGCCUGAGCAGGUCCUCAAGUUAAAGCAACUUACAGUGCUUACACUUGCCGAGGCUACCAAGGUACUUCCAUAUGAUGUGCUGAUGCAUGAAUUGGAUGUUGUAAACGUCCGUGAGCUUGAAGAUUUUCUUAUCAAUGAGUGCAUGUAUGUGGGUAUAGUACGCGGCAAAUUAGACCAGCUGCGAAGGUGUUUUGAGGUGCAAUUUGCAGCAGGCAGGGAUCUCAGGCCUGGGCAAUUAGGGAAUAUGCUCCAUACACUCUCAGAUUGGCUGAGUACAUCAGACAAUUUACUUAUUACAAUUCAAGAUAAGAUAAAAUGGGCAGACACCAUGAGUGAACUGGACAAGAAACAUAAAAAAGAAAACGAGGAAAGGCUCGAAGAAGUGAAGAAUGCACUCUCCCUCAAGAAGUUCUCACCUAUGAGCAGGCGGACAUGGACUUCCGAGGACAUGGACUAUUCGCUGAACAUGGUGGAGUAAUGGAUUUUGAUGAAGACCGCCGAUCCAAGAGGAGACGACAUCCGAUGCGCUGAGGAGAUCUGUUAGGACGAUGAUUGUUUGGCAGGCUAGCCAGUUAUUCUCUUAGUGGCGUUACCCAACCAUAUAUGAUAGAGCUGCUGCAUUCUGGCAGGAAUGAACUUCUUCAGACUAGUAAAACUUUGAUCUAGGAAAUCUUAAUCCAGCAUCGAUUAAGUUAACUUGACUUUGUAAUUAGAUCAAACUUUUCUAGCAUCGAUUUGCUACA